AUCUCAUUGAGAACGCAUGUGUUGCACUCUUUUUUGAUAUUAAGUUACAAAUGUGGUUAAUAUUAUGUUUGUUCAAAUAGUUUUUCUGAUAAUAAUUGCAAUCGGAAACUGUGAGAAAAUCUGCGAGAAAAUGAUCGGUGGACACAACGCAGCUCUUGGUGAAUUUCCCCACCAGGUGUCAAUCAGAUAUGAAGGCAGACACAUUUGCGGCGGAGCAAUUAUUCACAAUGACUACAUUUUGACGGCAGCCCACUGUUUUGAUAAAAAUAAUCCUGAUAAAUUGACUGUUGUAACUGGCACGAUAAAUCUAACCAGAGGUGGUGAGGAACACCAAAUAGAAAAAAUUAUCAAGCACAAUUUUUCAGAAAAAACAAAGGAAAAUGACAUUGCUGUUGUGAAGCUUCAAAACUCAAUAAAGUUCAACCAAUUUCAAAAACCAAUCGCCUUACCAAGGAAACGACCAAAGGGAAAUACCCUAAGCAUAGUAACAGGAUGGGGAAAGCAUGUGUAUCCUGGAAAAGCACAUCCAAACAAUUUGCAAAAAAUGGAAGUCUACACAAUGACUGAUGAAGAAUGCCGAAAUGUGUUUGGCACCCAGGAUACAUUAUGCCAGGAAUGAUGUGUGCCAUUAAAUCAAAAUCAGGUGUAUGCAAAGGAGAUUCUGGAGGACCACUUUUCAUACAAAAAAGCAAUGGAUUUAAAUACGAAAUCAUCGGCAUUGUCUCUUGGAUGUCAAAAACAUGUGCAAGUGGAAAACCCGAUGUAUACACGUCUGUCUUCUACUAUCUCGAAUGGAUCAAA